GAAUAACCUAACGUCACCAUAGAACGUCACCCGAAGCAACGGCACGUGUUUGAUUACGUCAGUGCGAACCGGAAAAGAACAAAAUGGAGGAGUACGCGAGGGAGCCAUGCCCCUGGAGGAUAGUGGAUGACUGUGGGGGCGCCUUCACCAUGGGGGCCAUUGGUGGAGGGAUCUUUCAGGCAGUCAAAGGCUUUAGAAACUCUCCUUCUGGAAUGAAUCACAGAAUGAAGGGUAGCUUGACAGCCAUAAAGACCAGAGCUCCACAACUAGGAGGAAGCUUUGCUGUGUGGGGUGGCCUCUUCUCGAUGAUUGAUUGUGGGCUGGUCAAGGUGAGGGGCAAAGAAGACCCCUGGAACUCAAUCACAAGUGGAGCCAUGACAGGAGCCAUUUUAGCAGCAAGAAAUGGGCCAGUGGCCAUGGUUGGCUCUGCUGCAAUGGGAGGUAUACUGCUUGCAUUAAUAGAAGGUGCGGGAAUUCUGCUCACAAGGUUUGCCUCAGCACAAUUCCCAACUGGCCCACAGUUUGCAGAAGAACCCGCUCCCAUGCCUGCUUCAUCAUUCGGAGACUAUAGACAGUUUCAAUGAGAAACCCUUUAAAACUCAAGGCCUUUUCUUAUUCCAUGAACUCAUCUAAGACACUGAAGUUACAGUGUGGCCCUCGUUCAUUAACAGAGCAUGCCACCAACCAUGAAUAACUGGGACAAAGGGAAUAUGAAGGGGAAACACUAUUGUUCCUGUCCUUGCGUUUGUCUUCAGUAUGCCUUUUGCUAUUCUCAGCUUUGUCAUUGGCCUGUGGGUCACCCUGUUUAAGUCAAAACUCACUUCUAUGUUUUCAUCCACAUGUUGUUUUCUGUGAACUCAUUUUUUAAAAACAGCUGGAAAUGUUUGCUGAAGCAAUAGGUGCACUAUUUAAGUCAUGCUAGGUUGUUUGAGUUGAGCCCCAAUCAAUUGGCUAUAUAAAGUGUGUGUGUUUGUGUGCGCACGCGCGCGCAAUACAUGACUGUGCACUGAUUGUUUGCCUUAAUGUAAACUUUCUCAUGGGCCUCAACAAGAUCGUAUAUACUUAUUGGAGAUUUUGUUGACUGUUCCAUGCCAAACCUUCUCUUGCAGAAUAUAUUCCUUCACAGUUUCCUUUUUGAAAUUGCUAUUUAUUUUAUAGAAGUUUUUGUUUCAAGAUGUUACGCUGUAUUGUACUUUAAAUAAUUAUUUACAAUGAAUGUUAGGAUCGCAAAGGAUGCAUCAGAAAAAAAAGGUUUAUGAAUGGACAGAAUUAAUAGUCUUUUUCUGGUGGAUAUAUAAGCCAAGUUAGGCUGAGAAACAUCAUAAAUAAACUAUAGUUAUUACUACUA